AUGGAUUUAAUACUUAAACGACCGUUAGCUGUUAUUGAUCAACUUCGAAGACAACAUUCAUUAUUAAGUAUUGAAAAGGUCAAAGAAAUACUUGAUGAGAUUGUUUUAUUUUUAAAUACGACUAAUAAUCGAGCAAAUGGUUUAUAUGAAUUAACUACAAUUUGCAAUGAAUUAUCAUCGAUUCAUAUGCUUAUCCCAUUUGAUAAUGUAGAAAUUAUGAAUCAUGAAUUUUUUAUUAUUCUUGGACGUACAUUUGAAAUGUUAUUAUUCAAAGCAAGAUUAAUUUCUAUGACAAAAGAUGAUGAACAAUAUUUUUAUGAUUUAAGUUAUUUUAUAGUCAAUUUAUGUUUACAUAAAAAUAUAGUAACAUCAAAUUUUUUUAUUGCUAAUAAUGAAAAAUUAAAUCCUACUAAUGAAGAAAAAUAUAAUCCUAUAUCAUAUCAAAAAAUAUUUUUAACAAAAUCAUUUUUUCAAAAGUUUAUUAAACUAAUUACAGAUGAUUUAAUUAUUAUUGAUUAUCAACCAUUUCAUGUUAAAUAUAAAGUUAUUCAUCGUUUACUUCAUCUUUGUAUUGAAUUAAAUGAAAUUGAUCAUAGUUUAUUGAUUCAACCAAUUAUUCAAUGUUUAAAAUCAAAUUUUUAUUUUAAUACUUUUAAAACCAUAGAUCUUCGUCAAACAAAUUUUAAUCCUAAACAAUUAUUUUUUAUUUAUGAAUGUGCAGAAUUUAUUAUUCAACGUUGUUUAAAACAACAUGAUCAACUAUCCGAUUCAUUAUGUUCACCUAUGUUAGACUAUAGUCGAGAUAUUCUUAAACAACAUUUACCUAUUUCAUUAGAAGGAGAGAAUUUAAAAAACGAUGUGCGCAUAAGAGGAGCAAAAUUACAAGCAAUUAGUUUACAUAUUAAAUUAUUAAAUCAUAUUGCUUUAACACCAACAACAAGAAAACAUUUCAUUUUAGGAAACAAUAAAAAAAUCAUUGAUCAAAUGGUAAUAAUAUUAUCACGACCAUCUUUAAUUGAAAGUGUUACACUUAAUCAUCAAUUAUUUCAUGCUGAUGUUGGUCUUGUAUCAUAUGCAAUAACAUUAUUAUAUAAUUUAAUAUUUGAAAAGAAAAUUUUUUUUCGAUUAAAAGAAAAUACAAAUGUUUUAGCUGCUUGUUUACAAUUACAACAAGCAAAAGAUCAAACAAUAAAAUUUGGAUCAUAUACAUUAUCUGCUAUUUUAAAUCAAAAAGAUAUUGAUGAAAUAAAUAAUCCAUCAAAAUCUGCUCAAUCUUAUUUAUUUUACAUUGAAAAUAUGAUUGAUGAACCAUCACGUAUAUAUCAUGGAGUAAAAUUAAAUGGUGUAUUGACUAAUCUUGAAACAAUUGUUCAAAAUGAUCAAGUUAAAGAAGAGAUUGCUAAUGAUGAUCAAGGUAUACCAUUAAUUGCAAGAUGUGCAUAUGAUAAAGAUUCCGAUGAUGAUAUUCGACAACCAGCUCUAAGAAUUAUUUUAUCAGUUUCAUUUGUUGGAGAUGUUGCUAUUGAAAAAAUAAAAAAUAUUGAUCCAUUUAUUGAUUUUCUUCAUGAUGAAUCUAUUUCGAAUAAUAUGACACAAAGAUGGACAGUAAAUGCUCUUCAAUGGAAAAUUGAUGAAGAACAAAAUUUUAUUAAAAAUGAAGAAGAAAAUAAAGAAAAAAAACAAGAUAUUAUUGAAAAUAUUAUACCAAGUGUUAAAUUCGAUGAAUCAAAAGCUCCUUAUCAAUAUAUUAGAGGUGAUUAUCGUUUUAAUUUAUCUGAUUUUCAAAUAGGAGAUACAUAUGUCAUGAUUAGUCAUUGUCAUGAUGAUAAAGAAAUAUGUCAUCAAAUUUUUGAUAAUUUAAAAGCAUUAAAACCAUAUCAACUAUGGAUGAAUAAACAUUAUUUACACAGUGCCGAUCCAGAAGUUGUUGCUACAGCAAUAGAGAAAGCAGAUAUUGUUAUUAUGUGUUUUUCAAACAAGUAUCGAGAAUCAUCAGUAUGUCGAUUGGAAGGUGAAUAUGCACAAAAACGUAAACGACCAAUUAUUCCAGUUAGAGUAGAAGCUGGAUAUCAGCCUACAGGAUGGUUGAAGAUUAUUAUUGGUCAGAGAAAAUGUAUUGAUUUCUUAGACUUGAAUUUUAAUUUUGCCUGUCAAGUAUUGAUAAAAGAAAUUGAUUACAUCAAAUCAAAGAUCGAUUAA